AAGAGCCGACUACCACUACCACCACUACUGAGGAGCCGACCUCCACUACCACCACCACCACUACGACUACAGAAGAGCCGACUACCACUACCACCACCACUACUACUACAGAAGAGCCGACAACCACUACCACCACUACUACAGAAGAGCCGACAACCACUACCACCACUACUACAGAAGAGCCGACAACCACUACCACCACCACCACUACGACCGAGGAGGCGACGACUACUACUACAACUACUACAGAAGAGCCGACUACCACUACCACCACCACUACUACAGAAGAGCCGACUACCACUACCACCACCACUACUACAGAAGAGCCGACUACCACUACCACCACUACUACAGAAGAGCCGACUACCACUACCACCACUACUGCAGAGGCGACGACUACCACUACCACCACUACUACAGAAGAGCCGACUACCACUACUACCACUACUACAGAAGAGCCGACUACCACUACCACCACUACUGAGGAGGCGACGACUACCACCACCACCACUACGACCGAGGAGGCGACGACUACUACUACCACCACUACUACAGAAGAGCCGACUACCACUACCACCACUACUACAGAAGAGCCGACUACCACUACCACCACUACUACAGAAGAGCCGACUACCACUACUACCACUACUACAGAAGAGCCGACAACCACUACCACCACUACUACAGAAGAGCCGACUACCACUACCACCACUACGACCGAGGAGGCGACGACUACUACCACCACUACCACCACUACGACCGAGGAGGCGACGACUACUACCACCACCACUACUACGACCGAGGAGGCGACGACUACUACUACUACUACAGAAGAGCCGACUACUACUACUACAACUGAGGAGCCAACCUCAACCACCACCACCACCACUACGACCGAGGAGGCGACGACUACCACUACUACUACAACCGAGGAGGCGACCUCGACGACUACUAGCGACCUCAACAACAACUACCACCUCAACAACAACUACUAG